CAACAGAAGAACCUGGAAGGCUACGUGGGAUUCGCCAAUCUUCCAAAUCAAGUGUACAGGAAGUCGGUGAAGAGAGGGUUUGAGUUCACACUUAUGGUAGUAGGUGAAUCAGGAUUGGGAAAGUCGACGUUAAUCAACUCCCUGUUCCUCACCGAUCUGUACUCCCCGGAGUACCCAGGCCCUUCCCACAGGAUAAAGAAGACGGUACAGGUGGAGCAGUCCAAAGUGUUAAUCAAGGAAGGUGGGGUUCAGCUGCUGCUCACGAUAGUGGACACCCCCGGAUUCGGAGAUGCGGUGGAUAAUAGUAACUGCUGGCAGCCCGUCACCGACUACAUCGACAGUAAGUUCGAGGACUACCUGAACGCAGAGUCGCGGGUGAACCGCCGGCAGAUGCCCGACAGCCGGGUGCAGUGCUGUCUGUACUUCAUCGCUCCGUCGGGACACGGACUCAAACCAUUGGAUAUUGAAUUUAUGAAGCGUUUACACGAAAAAGUGAAUAUCAUCCCACUUAUUGCCAAAGCAGACACACUCACGCCAGAGGAGUGCCAGCAGUUUAAAAAGCAGAUAAUGAAAGAGAUCCAAGAACAUAAAAUCAAAAUAUAUGAAUUUCCAGAAACGGACGAUGAAGAGGAAAAUAAGCUUGUUAAAAAGAUAAAGGACCGUUUACCUCUUGCCGUGGUAGGUAGUAAUACUAUCAUUGAAGUGAAUGGCAAAAGGGUCCGAGGAAGGCAGUACCCCUGGGGUGUUGCGGAAGUGGAAAACGGCGAGCAUUGUGACUUUACCAUUCUAAGAAACAUGUUGAUUAGGACGCACAUGCAGGACCUGAAGGACGUCACGAACAACGUGCACUACGAGAACUACCGGAGCAGGAAGCUGGCGGCCGUGACCUACAACGGCGUGGACAACAACAAGAGCAAAGGGCAGCUCACCAAGAGCCCCCUGGCCCAGAUGGAGGAGGAGAGACGGGAGCACGUGGCCAAGAUGAAGAAGAUGGAGAUGGAGAUGGAGCAGGUGUUCGAGAUGAAGGUCAAGGAGAAGGUGCAGAAGCUCAAGGACUCGGAGGCCGAGCUCCAGCGGCGCCAUGAGCAGAUGAAGAAGAACCUGGAAGCGCAGCACAAAGAGUUAGAGGAGAAACGCCGUCAGUUCGAGGAUGAGAAGGCCAGCUGGGAAGCUCAGCAGCGUAUUUUAGAACAGCAGAACUCUUCGAGAACCUUGGAGAAGAACAAGAAGAAAGGGAAGAUCUUUUAAACUCGCCAUUGACCACCAGUUACACACUCGUUGCCAACACGCCAGCUUGGACGCCAGUGUUCGUUGGGUCCGCUUGACCAACCUGCUCCAGUUCUGUCCAUAAUGAUGGAUUUAACAGCAUGACAAAAAUUAUUUUUUGUUGUUCUUGAUGGAGAUUAAGAUGCCUUGAAUUGUCUAGGGUGUUGUGUACUUAGAAAGUUACAGCUCUAAGUACCUUUCCCACAUUUUUCCCUUUUUUUAUUUUAUUUUAUUUUUUUUAUUAAACAGAUGUCUUCAAUUUAAUGCAAGAGAACACUUUACUGUUGUACAAUCAUGUUCUGGUGGUUUGAUUGUUUACAGGAUAUUCCAAAAUAAAGGACUCCAGAAGGUCUCACGGAGGAUACAUUGCCGUCAGACGGUGCGAACUCUGCUGCUCUGCGGUAACUGGUACAGAGUUCCACUCGGUGCAGCCGAGCGUGCUGGGAUUUAGCCUAACACAGUUGACCCUAUUUUUUGACACUUCCAUUGUUUAAAAAUACAAAUGGAAAAACCUAUACGCUUACAGUGCACCUAGAGCUUUUUAUAACAACCUUUUCUGUUGUUUGUUUUGGAUUCUUUAAAUAUAUAUUACUCUCAUUUAGUGCCCUUAGCCAGAGCCUCCUUACUGCUUCAUUUUUUAAUAACAUUUAAUUUAGAUAUUUUCCAUAUAUUGGCCCUGUUAAAAUAGAAUAUAGCAUCUUUCAUAUGGUAGGAGCCCACGAGGACUUUCCUUUAACUCCCUUUUUACACUUCGUGGUAAGUAGCAGGGGAACGCGUUUGUAGGUCAUUUCUAGGCAAAUCGCGGAGCUAACGACCGACCUGUUUCUACCUAUACGCCGUCUGUUUAUUUACUAGAAAUGGGAAUCAUGGCCUCGAAGGGAAGACGAAGUCACCACUCUGCAUUUAGCUGUAUUCAUAUAUUGCAUUUCUGUAUUUUGUUUGUAUUGUAAAAAUUCACAUAAUAAACAAUGUUGUGAUGUA